GAUUUCAAGUGGUGGGAUUUUAGUUUUCAAAGCAGUCCUUAGGGGCUGUAAAGGCCCAUUCUGCAGUGCUUGAUGACACCUCAAAGAUGUCACACUCUCUACCACAGGGGCCCUAGCAACCAGGUAGAAUGUGGGUUAUUGUGAGGACAGAGGAUUGUGAUGGUGGCCAGGCUGUGGAAUCUGGUGAGGCCAAAUGUUAGUGCCUCAAAAGAUGUCCUUUGGCCCCCGUUAGCAGCAUUGUGGUGUUCUGGAUGGCAACAGAGGAGAUGGAAACUCGGGGGGCCGGAGAAAGCUGCCCUACCUUCCCCAAGACGGUGCCUGUGGACUCCGUGUCUGAAGGGAAGCCAAGGGCUUCUUUGGAGGCUGAGCCUCCGAAGCCAGAGCCUCCAAAGCCAGAUUCCUCCUAUGACUACUUGGAAGAGAUGGAAACUUGUGAGGAUGGAGGAGGCUAUCCAGGGCCACCUAAGUCACCGUCCCCCAAGUCUGGCACCACCACCAAGGGCCAGGCAGGUGACGGACCCGAAUCCCCAGAGUGGCUUCUGUCCUCGGGGACAGAGCACAACGCCGCCAGUGAGAUGGAGCUGGAGAAGAUGCGCAUGGAGUUCGAGCUCACCCGGCUCAAGUACCUGCAUGAGGAGAACGAGCGGCAGCGGCAGCACGAGCAGGUGAUGGAGCAGCUGCAGCAGCAGGCGUCACCCCCGAGGGCAUCACGCCUGUUCUCGGGAGGCCUCCAGGACCUCAUGCUGCCCCAGAACCAGUUUGCCAUGUUCCUGUACUGUUUCAUCUUUAUUCACAUAAUCUAUGUCACCAAGGAGAUGGUCUUCUUUCUUUUCUCCAAGCACUACCUGUUCUGCAUUGCAGCCAUUUUGCUCUGCUUCAUUAAAACUUUCUGGUCAUACUUCCAAGUGCCUUUACUCCAUCACUGGGAUCCUGCCCCCACCACACCCCCAUGCCGGAGUAUUAUCGGGACAUGA